AUGGGAUGCAAUGGAAGCAAGACGAGCUUGCAAAAGGAGGUACCACGGGCCCCAACCGCCAGCCCUCUUAGAGAGGAACCUCGAAUUCUGCUGGGCCGGAGGGCGCCACAUCACCUGGCAAAUGGCGCUUCGCCCGCCUUGAAACUCAAGGAGGAACGUCGCCUAAAGGCAAUGGGAGUCCUCGACAAGGAGGAGGACUUGAGCGCUAGGUGUUUCAGCCUGGAGAAGAACCGUGUCUCUGAAACGGAGAACACCACGGAGUGGAGCGACUCAAGCUCAUUCCUGGGCGAGGCGUUUCACUCCACGUCCUGCAAGAGACGAUUAGUCAUAAAGGGGCCGCUGAAGGAUGCAUUUGGCGUUCGGCUGAGGCUUGGCCGAGCGCGAGGAAGACGCUACAGCGCUUCCCGCGCUCUGCAGCCCGGAGGCAUCCGCCUCGACGACUUGUUGCUAGGAGUGAAGCUGGCAUGCUUGUCGUACACUGAUGAUCAGCGUGGGACUCUCGAAAGCCUCGGUGGCACGCGGAAGGCGAUCGAGAUGAUCGCCGGAGGGCCCGAGCGGGCACGGCGACCCUUGUCCGAGAUCUUGCAGGGCUUGGGCUACACCGUGGACCGGAUAUUUUCCCACCUCUCACUUUUCGGGAGUGUGAGGACUGUUGAUGCCCAUGGGUUCAUCGCCCACAACGAGCAGGAUGUGGUGAUCUCCUACAGAGGGACCACUGGAAUCGUGGAAUGGCUGACGGACCUGGCCGCCAGCCCAACGCCCUUCCAACCACAUCUGGACCAGGAAAGGAGCAGCCGCAGCUGCUUUCCUGCAGGCGGACGGCAGCGGCAGUCAUCUCCACAAGCUCAUCAAGGGUUCUAUGAUGCAUUUCUGGCAUCCGUGUGCGACAUCAACCAGAAGCUGAUGCCACAGCUCCGGGAUACAUCACGCCCAAAGCGGCUGGUAAUCGUUGGACACAGCAUUGGGGGCGCCAUUGCAAUGGGAGCACUUGGCUACUUGUUGCAGGCAUUCAACUUCGCUGCAUCUCCGCACCGAAUACUGUUCGUCAGCAUCGGCCAGCCUCGCUUCGGUGAUGAAAUCUUCGCAGCUUGGAUGGACAAACAGGUCGGUGCACUGCGACGUCGUGGCAAGUGCUGCGCAGUGCGAUUGGCGAAUGACUGUGAUGCGGUGCCGACGGCUCCCUCGACGCAAGGUGGCUAUCGCCACGCCGCAAAGCUCUGCCUGUUGACCAGCGAAGGUGACUUGCUGGUAGGCCCAGAGGUUGAAGAGCGAGACGGCAGCCUUGCUGAGGGAGUUGACGAGCACCGGACAGACAACUACUUAAACUUGCUGGCCAAUGUGACAGCACUCUGA